GGACGGAGGCACUUUCAGCUCAUUUUUCUGCUCGCUUUGCCCUCAAAAGUCGAAUAAAAGGGCUCACUGGUGCGUUCGCGAUAACAAAUGGCUGCCUUAUGAAGUUAUCGGUACUGUAUCAUAUCAGGGACAGACGGGGGUGACGUACGGGGAGUUUUGAACACUUCUCUCGCCCUUUUGCGUUUCACAGCAGGCCCCGAUUCCGCUUUUUUUCUUUCCAGCUCUCGCAUUCCAUCGCAUGAAACGACUUUCAGCUUCUGGAAUUCCCAAUAAAAAUCUCAGCGACUGAACGCAUCAAACGCGGCUCCAAAGGGGAAACGCUUCUCUUCUUUUUCCACUACUGCCGGGGACGCGUUCCCGAGGCACCAAAAGAAACUUCCAGCUGCGGUCCCGUUUCCACAGGCAACAUUCCAUCAGCGAGGGAGCGUGGAGCGGCGCCCACUUCUCCCCCCCCCCAAAAAAAAGCCCCCCUCCCGGUCGUCACUCCGCAGUUGCUGCCGGCCAGCUCAGCUCCCGUGCAAGACGAUUUCUCGCUCGCGUUGAGCCGGGGGGGGGGAGAAAGAUGGCAUCCCAGCUGUUGAGUUUGAGGGUCUUGGGGUUCGCCGCACUGCUGACUUUCUUGGCUCUAACGGAAGUGGCGGGCGACGGCAAAAAGCUGCACAAGCUCUUCACAAAAAGAGAUGCGGCAGCGGCGGCUCUUCCCGCCGCCUCUGUCGCCGUGUCGCCCUCCAAAGCUCGAGAGUUUCUGGCCGCGCUGAGCCGACGCAAGAGGAACAUUUGGGACCGCAGCAGACCCGACGUGCAGCAGUGGAUUAUGCAGUUUAUGUACAUGGGCUAUGACGAGCAGAGGCUGGAGACAGAUUUGUCCUACUGGAUGGACCACGCGCGCGCCAACGACCAAGGACGUCAGCACCACUACGAUGAGAACGCGCCCAUCGGCCCGCGUGACCCGACCUCGUACCGGCACGGUGCCAACGUCAACUAUGACUACUAUUAGCGACUAAUGCGCCUUCCUGACGUGAGAAGAACAAAAUAAAAUUAAAAUGCUUUUUCUCCUCCUUUCCUCUGAAAUACAAACCGCUGUAAAAACAACUUUGAUUUAUAAAAAAAGAUAGAAAAUGUUAUCACAUGCGAAUAAAGUCUCCUGCUCGUUCUGCUUCCUA